AAUGUUGUUCUCUGUUAUUGUAACGAUGUGGCUGCAAAAUAUAAACCUCAUAUAUAUUAUUCAUUUAAAAUGUCGAUAAACGCUAGUUUUAUGCUUCUUAAGGUCAAAAGAUAUGCAUAUUUUGAAAAUGUAUUGACAUACCAUGGUAUUUUCAUGUCGCAUGAUAAAAAAGGCAGUAUUCUGCAAACUGCACUGUGCUGUAUGUUGUUAAUUGUAUUGCAGCUACUCUCUGCAGCUGGUAUCUAUCAAUUAAGGUCACACAUUUACUCAUGAUCAGUCUAACAUACUGGGUGAAGGUUUGUGUUUGUUUUUAGUUAGUUUUUAAGCAGUGGAGGGGGUUGAAGUGUUUUCUUGGACUCUGACCUUUACCUCUUGUAAGAGUAGCCUUCCAUUCUAAUGCUGAGCCGCUCCAUGCAAUUACAGAACAUUUGGGCUUUGUUUCAAAAUUUGUAGCUCCCUACAUCGAUAGCAAUUAUGGACAGCUGUGCAUUUGCAAAUUUUGAAAUGGUGUCAUACAAGAGACUCACCCCUGAGGAGGUUCAUUUCUCAGGAGCUGCGUUAUUGGAUCCUGAUGAGACGACAGACACGGAUCUAAAGGAAGUAAACCCAGAACUGCCCCUGCUGCCCCAGAGCCGUCACUGCUCCAUCACCGUUGCCCUGCUGACCCUUGGGGGACUUAUUGUAGUUCUCUCUGGCAUCUGGCUGCUUGGAACUAUAUUUUGGUUACAUAAGCCACCCUCCACAGAACGCCAUAGACCCCCUCCACCUGCUGUGGCCAAAAGCCCAAAUGAGACGUGGCUCCAGCCGGAGUCCUGCUCGCAGAUCCCAGAAGCUUGGAGGUUUGACUGUUAUCCAGAGAGAGGUGUGGUGGUCACGGAGGAGAUGUGCCACGCUCGAAACUGCUGCUUCAUACAGCGCUCACAGGCUAAGACAUCGGGACGGAAUGGAGUGCCGUGGUGUUUCUACACACCUGACUAUCCAUCCUACGAGUUGGUGUCCAUUACUGACACAGAGAUGGGGAAGGUGGGAAAACUGCUCCGGAACAAAAAGACGUAUUAUCCUAAAGACAUAGAUGCACUGCAGAUGGAGGUGAUGUAUGAGGAAGACAACAGAUUGCGUGUGAAGAUAACAGACCCAGCUGAAAAGAGGUAUGAGGUGCCUAUAGAUGUUCCUGUGGUUCAGAAAAAAGCCUCAAAUCCCUCUUUCACCGUAGACUUCAUCAAAGAACCUUUUGGGCUGAUUGUCAAGAGAACACAGACAGGAACUGUACUGUUGAAUACAUCCAUAGCUCCUCUCUUCUACGCGGAUCAGUUCCUGCAGAUGUCUACAUCAUUACCUUCACGUUUCAUAUAUGGACUGGGUGAACAUCGCUCCAACUUUAUGCAUGACGUCCAGUGGAACACUCUCACCAUGUGGGCUCGAGAUGUCCCACCAAUGGAGCUGACCAACCUCUAUGGCGUCCAUCCGUUUUAUCUUUCUAUGGAAUCUGAUGGAAUGGCGCAUGGGUUUUUCAUGCUCAACAGCAAUGCAAUGGAUGUGGCUCUGCAGCCUGCUCCUGCUCUCACCUGGCGUAUGAUUGGUGGGAUCCUCGACUUUUACAUUUUCCUAGGCCCAGAUCCCAGCUCUGUGAUUGCACAGUACUUGGAUGUUGUAGGGAAGCCUGCGAUGCCCAUCUUCUGGGCUCUGGGUUAUCAUCUUUGCCGAUGGGGCUACAAGUCAAGCGACAAAACCUGGAAUGUUGUAAAAGAAAUGCGGAAUUAUGGGAUACCUCAGGAUGUUCAGUGGAAUGACAUUGACUACAUGGAUCAUGCCUUAGACUUCACUUAUGACACUCUGAACUUUUCCAGCCUACCUGACCUCGUGAAAGACCUUCAUAGACAUGAUCAGCACUACGUCAUGAUCCUGGAUCCCGGUAUCAGUAACUCUCAGCUGCCUGGCUCCUACUGGCCAUUUGAUGAGGGGAUGAAGAGGGGCAUCUUCAUCAAUGAUUCGAAUGGAGACGUCCUUAUUGGGAAGGUCUGGCCAGGACUCACAGCAUUUCCAGAUUUCUCCAAUCCAGACACACAUGACUGGUGGUACCAGAAUCUGAAGCGCUUCCAUGAAAAAGUGCCUUUUGAUGGCGUGUGGAUUGACAUGAAUGAGCCAUCUAAUUUCUUUGAUGGAUCACUGAAUGGUUGCCCAGACAAUGAACUGGAAAAUCCUCCCUACACACCAGGUAUUCUGGGUGGUACAUUAAAGGCCAAGACUGUGUGUGCAUCUGCACGUCAGAAAAUCUCCACUCACUACAACAUACACAGUCUGUAUGGACUCAUGGAAGCUAAGGCUACUGAAAGUGCUUUGAGGAGGAUCACGGAUAAGCGUCCCUUCGUCAUUUCACGCUCUACGUUUCCCAGUCAGGGCAAGUAUUCGGGCCACUGGCUCGGAGACAACAGGAGCCAAUGGAAAGACCUGGCCACAUCCAUACCAGGUAUGCUAACAUUUAACAUCCUGGGCAUUCCUCUUAUUGGGGCUGACAUCUGUGGCUUUGGGGGCAGCACUACAGAAGAACUGUGUGUCCGAUGGACCCAGCUUGGAGCUUUCUACCCCUUUUCAAGAAAUCACAACUCCAUAGAUGAACAGGAUCAGGAACCAACUGCAUUCAGCCCUGCAGCCCGUACAGCAAUGAAAGAAGCCAUUCUCCUGCGUUACUCCCUGUUCCCACAUCUCUACACACUCUUCCAUCAUGCACACAUCAGUGGACAGACAGUCGCCACACCACUGCUUUUUCAAUUCCCGAAAGAUGAGAAGACGUACGGGAUAGAUAAACAGUUCCUAUGGGGAAAGAGUUUGCUGGUCACACCGGUUUUGGAGGCAGGGCGAGAUUAUGUUGUGGGGUAUUUUCCUAAAGGUCUCUGGUACGAUUUCCACACUGGUGACUCGUUGAUAAGCAGUGGAGAAGAGAUCAAUCUUCAGGCUCCAACAGACAAAAUCAACCUGCAUCUCAGAGAGGGUUCAGUCAUACCUACACAGAGACCUAACACCACCCUGUGGGUGAGCAGCGGUCAGCCCCUUCAUCUGAUUGUGAGUCUGAGUAAGGACGGCCUGGCCAAGGGUGAUUUGUUUUGGGAUGAUGGAGAGACCCUUGACACAUAUGAGAAAGAUCAAUACGCUUACAUCUGUUUCACAGUAGAACAGAACACAAUGACUUCAGAGGUGCUGCAUAAUCAUGAGGAGGCUACUUACAUCACAGUGGAAACCGUUUCGUUUUAUGGAGUGAAGACGGAGCCGGAAAACGUAACGGUGAAUUCACAAGAGGCAGCUUUCUCUUACCGUAACAAUCAGGUGCUGACAGUAACAGACUUGGGUCUGAACCUCAGUCAUAACUUCACGAUCAGUUGGAUGUAAAAGUCAUCAGUGAAAUUUCAAAAUUGCAAGUUGCUGCAGAAAUCAUGACCGUAUUAUCUCAAAUGACACUAUCUCAGUACUUGGACAGCGGUGGUUCUGGUUUCAACCUGAAGUCAAAUAUAAACCAGAAAGGAUAUGACAGAUUAUUGAUUGUAUGUUGUUGAAUUAUUGACCCAGUGGCGGUCAGUUGCACUCAGAGUGAGCAAAACCGAAGGGAAGAAUUGUGUAUUUUGAUUAAAUGUAUUAGUUUGAUCUGUUGAAUAGAUAGAUAUUUUUACCUCUGCUGUUAUAUUACUGCCUGUUAUUGCUGAUAUUGUUUUUAGGGCAGAAAGGUUCUUCUUCUGUCACUGUUUCAAGCAUUUUAGUGGUGAAUAAAGCUUCUCGUUUUACACCUUGCCAUGUCAUCAAAAACUAGGCAAGUUCAAGAUAAUUUUGAGUUAAAGCAAACAACUUUAUAGCGAUACAGAGAAAAAAAAAGUGAUCCUGCUGAACUUGCAACCUUUCACAUUCUUGCAAUUAAAGUUGGUCAGUAUGAUUUUGAUUUGCAUAUGUGUAUAUAUUGUUUACAAGCGUGUUUGCACAGUUCAGGACAUUCUGAUGCUGCAGAAAUGCAUGUUUGAGCUUUAGUUCGCAACCAUUAUUUCCAUGCACGGGCAGGCAUGUUAUUAAAAUGAUCCAGUAUGUUCAGCCAAUCCAAAUGUGAUGGAAAAUGUUUUUGUUCUUAUGAUUCAUUUGUUUUAAUGCCCAAAGCAAGUCGUUCUAAAAUGUACAACCAUGAAAAUAUUACUGAAGUAAAUCACUGUACAGUAUUCAUUAAGGCUUAAAGAGGCAUAAUUGUGCAGUAUUUUGUAAAUUGCUACCACAUGCUGUCGAUAUUACCAUUUAUAAUAUAACAUUGUGCCUUAUAUUUCAUCAAAGCUGUGAUUCAACAUUCAGUGGCUUUACUGUGAAUGUAUAAUACCCUCUGUUCAAAACACAGGACUGCUUUACAAAGAUUCAAAUGUAUAGACCUGUGCUCCCAAAACUGAAGCUAAACAAUAUAUCUAUGAAAGUAUGAGCCAGUUUAAGGCUGCUUUCCUUCAAAUGACCCUGAACAAACUGCUGUACAGCCUUUCACAAGAUUUACAGGGUAGUGUGCAAUAAAAAUUCAAAGCGUU